CAGAAAGCCAGCGAAAGAUAAAGUUUGGAAAACACUAGAAAAAUCCAACUAUUUUUAGAAAAGCGAAACUUAAGUCGUUUGUCUAGUAAAAAUUGGAAUAAAAAAUGGGAGAUUGCAAACAUAACUCAGCUACUGAGAUAGGGAAACCAAAGAUUAAACAUGAUUGGUAUCAAACAGAGUCACAGGUGGUUAUUACGAUACUUAUAAAAAAUGCUCAAAGUGAUAAAGUAAAAGCGAAUUAUGGUGAGCGGAGCCUCUCAGUAUCUAUUGCACUGCCGAACACAGAAAUCGAAUAUAGUUUAGAUUUACAGUUAGCUCAUGAAAUAGUACCUACAAUGUGUUCAUAUAUUGUCAGUCCCUCCAAAGUGGAGGUAAAGUUAAGAAAAAAGGAGGGAAUAAGAUGGACAAAUCUGGAAGGAGAAGGCAAAGAGGAGAUAGUAAAAGCAAUACCAAAUGCCGUCGUAGACACUCUAGGACCACCUCUGCAGCAGCCACCUAAACUCUUCAAAAAAGACUGGGAUAAAAUUGAAAAAGAUAUUAAAAAAAUGGAGGAAGAGGAAAAGCCUGAAGGUGAUGCAGCUUUAAACGCUCUAUUCCAAAAAAUAUAUGGAGAAGGCUCGGAUGAAGUGAGACGAGCCAUGAAUAAGAGUUUUAUGGAAUCAGGAGGUACCGUACUAAGCACAAAUUGGAACCAAGUAGGACAGGAAAAGGUGGAUGCUAAACCCCCGGACGGUCUUGAAUUCAAGAAAUGGGAUAGUUAAAUUUAAUUUAUACAUUCUUUAAACACUACUCCUUGUUACACUGUUUUGAUAUGUACUUUCAUAAUGAUGAUAAAGGUUUUUUUUUUUUAACUACACCGAGUAUGUUGUUCUAAUACAAAAUGUUUAAACUAUAAGACCAUUUAGAUUUUAGAUCCAGAUUCGAAUUCGUACUGCAGGACGUUACAUUGACAUUUGGCCUUGCGCGCUGUCAAAUAUGUCAAACGUCAUACGGCCAUUCCGUUUGACAGCUCCUGUCUCUAGAUUUAAGAUUAACGUUCUAUGAUACGGGCGUCUGCUCAAAUGUCAGUGAAAAUUAAUUUUUGUGUCAGAUUUUUUGACACUAUUUCACAGGUAUUAUUUGUCCGAAUGGAACAUUUACGAAUCAUGGUCAGAGUAACUAUUUAAAACAGUGUAAAAAGAAUUACUUUACUUUUUAUAAUUUUCAUAGUCUGUGAAUUUGAAUAUAAUAUCGGCUUACCACGUACUUUUCGAUAGUAUCAUUGAGAAAUAAAUACUAGAGUAAAAAUCAAUUUAAUUGUUAAUUUAGGUAUCCUAUUGGUAAAGUAUAAAAAUUAUGGAUUACGAACCGUAUCACCUCGACGUCCGUCGUUCCACAACUGACCGUUUUAAAACGCAGUUAUUGCCGCGCACUACCACUAUGUGGAACCAGGUGAAAUAUUUCCAAUUUGACGUAAGGUCCUUCAAGAAAUGAGCGUAGGAAUUCUUAAUAGGUUGGCAACGCACCCGCGACCUCUCUGGCGAUAUUACUUAACAUCAGAUGAGCCCUAUUCUAUAAAAUACGUUGAAUGUAUAGUACCCCAAAGGCCUUAGUAUAAACAAUAGUAUAGAAUUGCUAUGGUAAUAGAAAUGUAACCAUAGAUUACGUAAGGAAAAUUUGUUUGGAAACUGAAGUACGCACGAAGACGCACAUGCACGAUUCGAAUGUGAAUACAAAUUGUAUGGAAUACGUUGUAGAACUUUUACCGUAUAUAGUAUUGUACCGUAUAGACAAUACUAUUAUUAUCGUAAUAAUAAUAAUAGUAUUGUCUUUUGUUAACAUAGCUUUUACACAUUGGAAGAAAACACUUUUUUACCGGAUUAAAGCUAUUUGUAUUAUU